AUGUCCCCAGUGGCAGACAGCUCGCCUUUAUCAGAACUUCCCGAAACUCCCUCUCUAGAAGUGAGCAGCGCGAUGCGAGGCAACGAUGGACGCGUCGAAGCGCUCAAAAAUGAUGACGGCGAAGAGUCUGCGGACGAAAGUUCCGACACCAAGAAGCCAUACGCAUGCCAGUAUUGUGGCAAGACAUAUGUCAGCGAAGCGAAGCUCAAACAGGGACUUGCAUGUACCAAGCACAAAGAGCAAGUGUCCGACUGCAACCCAGAGUUGCUCACAGACACACCCACACAACCGUACAAAUUAGCUCCUAGAUCUAGUCGCGCUGGCACAGUUGCCAAGGACGACAAAGGCAAGCGUAAGGCCACCGACUCACCAGUUGCGAGUCCAAAGUCCAAGCCGGUCGCCAAGCGUGCAACUGCUGUUGCCAAGAAAGAGACAACUACAGCCACUGGACCAAGUCAGGACGCUGGCCGUUUGUAUCCUCCGUUUGCGUCGCAGUCUGACCUUGAGAGGUCGCCCCAGUAUCAUAUGGAUAUCGAAGAGAACACGCCACAGGCACUGGACGAACAUCGCACCCAGUUCAACCAUGUGCAUUCCCCUGAGUCUCGUUUGACGCGCUUCCGACCCAUCCAAUCCGCCAACUUCAAGGUGUAUGAGGAAGCUGCUCGUCGUAACAUUCGGCCCAACGAGUUCCUUGCAAGCGCGCCUGGAUCUCGCAUGCCUUCUCGUCAGACGUCGGCCCAGCCAGCCGCCGACUUGAACUUGCCGACACAAGGGCAGCUUCAAGGAAUUAAUACGGCUGCUUCGACUACGAAGGGACCGGUAGCUCAUAAGCUCACAGAGCCAAUUGCUUUGCAACGCUCUGCUCUACCCGUAGCAGACGAGAACGAUCCCAUAAUGACGCUCCGUAUUCAUAGCAAUACAUACGACAUCAAUGGCACUCCCAUUUUCUCUAUCCUUACGAUCCGUGCGUCGCAGAAGUUCGGCCCUCGUCUAGAAUACUAUUGUCAACAGCGAGGCAAGCAGUACGACAUAGACUGGGUUUUCAUAUACCAAUACGCCCUAGGCGGCCCGGACGAUGACGUGCGAGAUCGUUACAUCAAGAUCGACUACAACAUGACCUUCAGCGAUGUUUAUGAUCCUGAGCGUCCCGACAUCAAACUCCGAGACAUGGACACCAUCAUGAUCAUGAAAGCCAAGUCCCGCCUCGCAACCAUGAUCGAUAAUGGUCGCAGGGGGAUCGAAACUCCGCUAUCGCCAACUGGCUCACAAAUUUCGGAAGACAAUAUCGACAUCGUUGACGGCGAGACCCCGAUCUUCCAGAACGCCGGCACCAUUGCGAACUGGAACCGCAUUGUUGAGAGUAAGAUGAUGGAGUUGCGCAGUCAGGUCAACACCUUGACAUCUGAGAACCAGCGCCAGAAGACGGAGUUGGCUAGGCAGAACCAGAUGCUCGGUGAUAUGAUCAAGCGCAACGAUGCGUCGUUGCGGAGCAGUCAUCCACAGGCUACUGGUCGUGGUGUUCACGCCUUCCCCUUCGUUGGUCAUUCAGCUGCAAACCUCCAUCCCGGCAUCCAACGUGGCCCAACUGUCCAGCGCAACGCGUUCAUGGACCGUCUGGAAGCAGUCCGAGAACCCACCGUGCUAAACGAUUCGCGAAACCGCAUGCAGCAGUACCAAUUUCCGACUCAUCACCCUGGCAUGCAAGGUCGCCGGCCCACUUACGAUAGCGGCGAGCGUGAGGCGUUUCCAGACUUUCAGAGGAUUGGUGCGGCUACGACUCAGCCUAUACAGUUCGCUGCAUACGGAAUGGGUGACGAGAUGAAUUCGUAUGCUCCUGUUCUGCAACAUGUACAGGGCGGGAGUGAUGACAUGGGCGCUCCGGUGAUGAAGGUUGAGGAUGUGGAAAUGGAGGAGUAG